AACCCCCGCGACUCCGCGAACUCGCUCGGUGUCGGAAACGACACUAAACACUGUCUCUGCUAACUCUCAAUCUCCAGCCAUGAUAAACGCGGUGCUCGUGUUCAACAACUCUGGACAGCCACGUCUAACUAAGUUCUAUACGCAGUUGGACACUGCAGUCCAGCAACGUCUAAUAUCAGAAAUUUUCACGCUCGUCUCAAACCGACCAGCCUCGAGUUGCAAUUUUCUUCCUCUUCCGCCGCUGCUUGCCGCGAGCUCGUCGUCAAACACGUCACCCACCUCACAGCAUAAUGACACGCCAUCUCUAAUUACGUACCGGCACUACGCCACGCUCUACUUCAUAGUGAUCAGCACGUCGACUGAGUCUCCUCUGGCACUGCUUGACCUGAUCCAGGUCUUCGUCGAAGCGCUGGAUAGAUUGUUUGAGAAUGUGUGCGAGCUGGACUUAAUCUUCAACUUCGAGACGCUGCAUGCGACGCUGAGCGAGAUGAUAGUCGGAGGUGUGGUAGUGGAGACGGGCGUAGACAAAGUCGUUGAAGGAGUGAGGGCGCAAGGACGGGUAGCGAAACGGCCGGGCACGGAUGGGGGAAUUGGCAGCGCCUUUGGACGAGGGCAGGGCGUCUGGGUGGGAAGGUGAAGAGAGCUUCCCGACUGCCUCAUCGAACCCAUGUGUCAACCAUGCCGGACGUGUCUCUCGCACAACCAGCCUUCGCUUGACCGCCCCGUCGGCGCAGCUCGAACAGAUGGAGAGAGUUCGAUGCACGUCUUAGAGGCCUCUAGACAAAAGAGGCGCUGCGUGCAGUGCUAAAGCGAAAGCACAAUAUGGUGGAGUCUGCAUAGACGAAGAAAAGACCCGAUUGAUCCUUUUUGAACAAUUUGCUCCCCAUCACAAGGCUUCGAAGCCUGUUUUCGGCAGCGGACGUGCAGAUCGCAAAGACGCCACUCGGAAUCCACGAUUGCGUUGUCUUUUCGAACGCAUCGUGUACUUCCCGGUACGGAAUCCAUCGUCUGCUCGUGUCUCGAGCGUCAAUAAGAAGCCCAGCGGAGAAGGUAAUCGAGAUCUCUAAAGAGGCGGUGAAUGCAUCUUCCCUUAGCCCCGCUUCUUUACGGAAAACGAAGAGACUCUGAUUUCCGCCUACGGGCCGAAUACACGGUCACUACUAUGUGGGCGUCGGGUCAUGCAACGAAGACGCUUCUGCAAGAAGCGAGACACAGCUAGGAUUGUGCCCACAAAGACACGGGCAGGUCGAGAGAACACUUGUAGCUAUGGCACAAAGGUAUCCGAGAUAGAGUCAUGUAAUUAUUGGAAACAGAUUCAGAGAUAUCAUCAUGUUGCAUCUUCG